AUGCCAGCAUUUCCCUCUUCUCGACAUUUUUUAUUAAAAGGUCUCCAAUCACCCACCCUCGCUCAACCUUCCGAUCCUGCAGCCUCAUCAUCCAUUCUUCACAUCACCUCAUCCCACUUCCCCUCUCUCUUCUCCUCAACCUCACCAGCAAAACAACAGCCCAAACCCUCAAAACCACAAACCAACAAAAUGGGAUUCGUCGAAAAGAUCAUCGAGAAGGUCAAGAGCUUCGGCAAGAAGAAGCCAGCUACCACCACCGAGCCCACCACCACCACCACCACCGACGCAGCACCCACCGUCGACGAGCCCGCUGCGACCACCGAACCCGCAGCUGCCGCCGAGCCCGAGGUAGCCAAGGCCGAGGAGCCUGUUGCUGCUGCCGCCGCAUAG